AUGGCAGGGACAGCAGCCAACCCUAAUACCACUAAUAAUAACAAUAAUAAUGAUAAUGCAGGUACAGCUGCCGCUACCACUACUGGCCAACAACAUGGACCAACAGCCGAUGAACUGAUUGGCCAGCUUAUUACAGCUCCCUUUAUAACUGGAAGAGAAGCUACAAAGAAUCUACUACCAUUCCUAAAAGGUCUAGGCUCUCAACAACUCCUCGCAUUCAUGGCCGAUGGAAGAGAUCCCCUCAGCAUCUUGGACCCAUCGCAAUGCACUCUUGGAUACUUCUACAUUUUGACUGCUAGGCUACACCAUCAUAACGAUAAUAAUCAUGCGGAAUUAGCUGCCUUGUUGGCCCAUACCACCCACUUUGCAAGCACAUUCAGUCUCGAGCAAUUACCAUCGUCUCCAGCUCUUGUUUUGGCUCCCCUCAUCCAAACUAUGGUGCGAGCCACGCCACGAGGUCCUCCUGCUUCGGUGCAGAUUUAUAUGGUAUCGUGCUUGAUGGCACUUAAAGUCUUUACUAUGAGAUUGAGUCAAGGGGGGUUGUUCUUAACUAGUGUGGCAGUCAUCUUCUUGCGUUGGUGUAUCUUGACUCGACACUACAAGUAUGCUUGGGAUGUCGUCGCUCAUGAUAUAUCUGAAGUCGAUCCAAAAGAAUUCGAUGUCAAAGUACAAGACUUUUUACUCCACCACUACUAUGGUGCUAUGAUUUGUAUUGGACUCAAAAAGUUUGAUAGGGCUAUUGAAAUGCUUCACCUAUGUAUAGCAACUCCUGCGUCAGUCACAUCAGCCAUCCAGAUCGAAGCAUACCGUAAAUUUAUACUCGUAUCAUAUAUACAGCACGGUAAAAUCCUCCCAAUCCCAAAGUAUACUGCCGCUCCAGUCGCACGAGCCACGAAAUCCUACUCAGCAUCCUAUGCCGACUUUGCAACAGCUCUGGAAUCCAAUAAUCGUCAACGUGUAGUAACCGAAUUGAGUAAAAGCCAAGACGUAUUCAACAAGCAACAUAAUCUAGGUCUUGCCAAACAGGCAUUAACAGCCCUAACUCGAAAAUCCAUUGCCCAAUUGACUCAAACAUACUUGACGCUAUCUUUAGCUGAUAUUGCCAGACUCGUAGGAAUUGAAGGUCCCAACGCUGUAUUGGAAGCUGAACAUCACGUUGUAUGUAUGAUUGAGGAGGGUCAAAUCUUGGCUACUAUAUCACAUACUGCAGGUGGAAUGGUAUCCUUCCACGAUCAAAUGGAUGCAUUCGAUGAUGCGAGAACGGCUGAAAAGUUGGAUUUCGCUAUUCGUAAUGCUCAUGAUGCUACAAAGGACGUGUCAAGGAUGGAUCGAAUGGUUGCCAUAUCCAAGGAAUAUUUGAAUAAAAUAGUACAUGGUGAUCGAUCUGGUGGUGGUGGAAGUACUACUACUCCUACGUCGAGUACUGCUAGGAGUGAGUCUGCUGGAUUGGGUGGUGGUUUGCUCGAUGAUGACCUUUAUGAUGAUCCACGGUAA